AUGAGUGCAGUAGAAUCAAAUACCACAACAAAUAUAUUAACUGCUUCAAACACAUCGCUGGCGAAUACUGAUAACAUCAGUGAACUCACGCCCAAACCGAGUGAUUCUACGUUAGAGCAGGGAAGAUAUGUUGGGAUUCUAAAUCAGAUAGUUCCAUUUGUGCUUCAUACCUCCUAUUAUAUGACGGAUCUAAUAUAUACCUUAUAUUAUGUUGCCAAUACCGAAGAAAAUAUGCAAGAAAAGAAUACAGAAAAGAGUGAUGCACUAUUAAAUCUAAAAACAGAACUAUGCUCUCUGGUAGUUAAGUUGAGGACAAGGUUUCGAAAUCUAUUGGACGAAUGUGACUUGAAUGAUCCUGAAACUCCCAUCGUUUUCAGAAACCUUAUUGAUAAAAAUAUAAUAUCAAUAUUAUACCAAGUUAAUGACAUCCUGACCAACGAGUUGGGCGAGUUAUCUAAUGAUCAUGACAGCAACUUCAAUGGACUUAUUAUACAAUUACAAAAUUGCUUUAAUGGGUUUGGGAACCUAUUUAAUUUUGUUAAAAAAAUGCCAUUACAACGUCAAUACAAAGUUACUAGUCUUCAAUUAGAUGUGCUAAUUACAGUGGUACGGAAUGACCUACUGCCGACUUGGAAAACACAGUUAGAUCUAUUGAAUUGCAAACUAUUUGAUGACUUAUCACGCAAUCAGAAUGUAGUGUCUCGCUACCGAGAAGCCACUAAUGAUAGGGAUUCAGAUGUGAAGGAGGGUGAAAGCUUUGUAAAAUUUGUAAAUUGGUUGAAGGAAGAAAUUAUUGGCGACCACUUACUCUAA